UUUCAGUUUAAUUAGUUAUUGAAUUGCAAGAAAAAUGUUUUCAUUAAAACAUCUUAUUUACUUAGCUGUUUUGAUAGUAAGCUUAGAAAUGAUCAAUUCAUCUCCAGUCGUGAACUCUGCAUGUCCACAAAUUUGUACAUAUGAAUAUAAUCCACAAUGUGUUACGCUAUACGAUGGAUCUACAUUGGAAUUUAGCAAUAAAUGUUUACUUAAUGUGGAAGCUUGUAAGAGGUAUAUGGGUGUAAAAAGUAUUAAAGCUGGACAUUGUCCCCAAUCAAUGUAAUAAUGAUGAUGUCAAAAUAAAAGGAGUAGUUUAAUUUUUUCAAAAUUUUAAACGAUUUUUUUUGAUAUUAUAUCAAAUAAAGGUGAUAUAUAUAAACAGUUAAAUAUAAGUUACAUGGGUUGUUCGAAUACCCCAGGAGGCUUAGUUUAGUAACUGA